UUACGGUUAAUACAAAUUAGGUGUGAUAUCUUCUAUAUGUAUCAGAUGUUUUCACAUUAUACUUCUUAAUUCUUCAUUAUCAUGUAACCUGCAUAAUGAAACUAUACUAUAUAUCAACAUCAUUGUAAUAUGAAAUUAUCAACAAAUCAUUUUAACAUUGAAACUCAAACACUAUACUAUCAAAUUCAGUAUGGAAGAAGCCAAAGAAAUGAAGAUAGCAAGGUUUUCAAGUUGCCGCGGUGUUGCAUUCGAGAUCAAUCCUAACAGAAGAAGCCCUUUUGCAAUUGAAUCACCAACAAAGCCAGAGAGAACUGGAACAUGGCUUUGGAUUCCUCGGACAAGAAACAAUUCUUUCAAAAUUCUUCCUCAGAGUCAAGGUAUUAGUCCAACUCGGAGUCGAGCAAGUAGUCAUUUUUGUGACAUCAACAUUGAUGCUGAUGAUGUUGAGUAUGAAUUUCUAGCUGAAGUUCAAGACAUAGAAAAUAACCAAGAAAAAGUUAAGGUACUACCAAAAACAGAACCACCAAAAAGGAAGUCAAGGUUGUCUAUUAUUCUGCUAGAUCAAGGUUUCACAGUUUACAAAGGACUAUUCUUGGUUUGCAUAACCUUGAAUAUGUUAGCACUUGCUCUUUCAGCUUUAGGGCAUUUUCCAUAUGGUAAAUCAAGAGCUACACUUUUCUCCAUUGGUAACAUUCUAGCUUUAACACUAUGUCGAAGUGAGGCGGUUUUAAGACUUCUUUACUGGUUUGUUGUCAAAACUAUAGGGAAGCCUUGUGUUUCUCUUAGAAUCAAAACAGCAAUAACUUCAUUUCUUCAAUGUAUUGGAGGAAUUCAUAGUGGCUGCGGCGUUUCUUCGAUAGCAUGGCUAGUUUAUUCUCUCGUACUCACGAUCAAAAGCAACGACAAAACCAAUUCUUCUCCGGAGAUACUCGGUGUUGCAUUCGCCAUCCUCUCACUCAUUACACUCUCUUCGCUUGCAGCUUUUCCAGUUAUUCGACAUCUCCACCACAAUGUUUUCGAGCGAAUCCACCGUUUUUCCGGUUGGUUAGCUCUUAUCCUUCUAUGGUUAUUCAUUCUUCUUACUAUAAGUUAUGAACCUAGUUCAAAAACCUAUCACUUAACCAUUUUAAAGAUGGUUAAGAAACAAGAAUGUUGGUUCACUUUAGCUAUCACAAUUCUCAUUAUGAUUCCUUGGUUAAGUAUUAAAAAAGUACAAGUUAGUGUCACAGCACCAUCAAAUCAUGCUUCAAUUAUUAAAUUUGAAGGUGGUGUUAAAGCAGGUUUAUUAGGUAGAAUAAGUCCAUCACCAUUAUCAGAAUGGCAUGCAUUUGGAAUCAUAUCAGAUGGAAAAAAGGAUCACAUGAUGCUAGCUGGUGCAGUUGGUGAUUUUACAAAAUCAUUAGUUUCUUCACCACCAAAACAUCUUUGGAUUCGUUCAGUUCAUUUUGCUGGAUUACCUUAUCUAGUGAAUUUGUAUCAAAAAGUGCUUUUAGUAGCAACAGGUUCUGGGAUUUGUGUGUUCUUAUCAUUUCUGUUGCAGAAAAAUAAGGCUGAUGUGUGCUUGAUUUGGGUGGCUAAAGAUAUUGAAAUGAACUUUGGAAAAGAGAUAAAGGAAUUGGUGGAGAAAUAUUCCGAGGACAAAAUCAUUGUUCAUGAUACUGCUGUUUCUGGUCGUCCUAAUGUGGCUGAGAUGAGUGUGAAUGCUGCUAUUAAUUGGAAUGUUGAAGUUGUUAUUGUCACAAGUAAUCCUGAAGGUAGUAGAGAUGUUGUUAGAGCUUGUAACAAGGCUAAGAUUCCUGCAUUUGGUCCAAUUUGGGACUCUUGAAUGGCUCAAAAUUACACAAAAUUUUAAGGCAAGUAAUUUGUUACUCCUUCUCUGUUUGCUUGAAACACUGUAAAAAUUUAUUUAGUUACUUUUGUUUACCUAUAGUAGAAACUUAUAGUAGUAGUAGUAGUAGUAACUAGUUUUGUAACACUGGUUCAUUGAGAGUUCCAAGUGUUAAUUAAAUAAAGAAGAGCAUAAUGACUAGUAUCAAAACACAA